AUGACUCGAAACAACCUCGGCGAGCACUUGACCUGGCUGCUAGCUAACAUCGACCUACACGCACCAAACGCGCCUGUGUUGCCGCCCAUACGCGACCAACUUCUUGGAGAGCCCUCACCCUCCGACGCGACACCCUUCUUCACCCCCUCGACCGAAUUGCCUCCAGAUACGCGUCCGGGUGGUCCUGUCAGGCCCUCGCUGUAUCCUGUCCUGCCUACUGAUCGGGACCGGCAAACCACUGCGGCCAAUGGGGCGUCUGGGUUGCGCACCAGAUCGCAGGAGGUUCGCGACGGAGAGGUGUUAGCGGGGAACAUGGGACGGCUGGUCCCCAAAUCCGGCUCGAAACGGCCGACUCUUGUCUUGGCCCAGGAGCAGCUGCUCACGCCGACUUCGACCACUGGCGCCGGGUCACUCUCAAGUCAAUAUAGUGCGUUGUUGAAGAAGAGCUCGGCUAAGAAGCGAACGUCGUCUCGACAUCGACCCUCCGAAGCCCAACCAGAAAACCCGUUUCUGACCCCGGGCGCCACCCUUGCCAGUACUCACAUAUUCGACACGAUCGACCUGACCAAUGACAGUAACGAGACAACGCCGAAUUCGGUAGCAUUUGGGAGCACUACCCGACUGUGGCGGGAAGACUUCGCCACGAGGCCGGAGCCAGCACCUACGACUGAAGAAUCAGUAGCGUUUGGGAGCGAUGACGAGAUGAUAUGGCAGGAGGAGCAUGCGAGCAGACCAGCACCGAUAUCCACCGAAGAGAACUCGGACAUAUUUGGAAGCGGCGUCAGGGUCUGGGAAGAAGAAUCGGCUGCUCGGCCUCAGCCCUCGCCUGCAAGGCGUGGGAAAAAGCGGAAGAGUGACCAGAUUACUCAGCCGCCACCGACUACAACUACCACCGAUGAAUUCCCAGACAUAUACGAGCUCCUGUCCGAUGACGAAACACUACACAUUAGGCCGAAGAGGUCUCCUACCAAAUCGCCAGCGAGGAGGAAGGUUAAGACCAGUCCAAGCAAGUCACCAUCCAAACCCAUAGAUGCAGCGGGAAGCAGUGCAAUCCAUCGAGUGAGGCAAGAAACAAAUGCUGCUAGCAAAUUGUCGCCCGUCACCGAGCUCAAGGGCGAGCGCUCCCCGCUCGAGACACCUAGGAAACAUGCUACCCCGGGAAUACUGAAGACUACAGAGAGGCAGCGGAGUCCAUCCGUUCCCGAUUCAGGCUCAGUUUUUGGCGAUGACAUGGGAAGUCCUACUGAACGCCGAGUGCAAAGGUCUCGGACUGGAGGGCGCGAUGAACGAGUGAUUCAGGAUUCGGAUGACGAGUUCAUGACUCCGCUUGGUUCCAAUGAUCCCGAAAGUCCUGCUGCCCAGCCACUUAGCUACACUAAGUCACCUGUUCGGAGGUUGCAAGACGUGCACGACAAUAUUGCCCCCGACACCCCUUCGAAAAUACGGCAAGCUGUGCCGAAUGAGAAACCAACAGCAUCCCGAUCUCCUAGGAAACGCGAUCAACACCAGGCUUCUCAAAGUGAAGCGAUUGAAGACUACCGCUCUGAGACAGGAUUGGCCCCUUCUCAAGAAUCGCAGCCCAUGUCCAUAAGCGACGAGGAGUUGUCUGUCAUUGUACAGCUGUUCUUGGGUCAACCAUCGAUCAUCGAAAGAAAACGAGCUUCACUCGAAGUGAGUCUGCUAAACAACAGAAACGCCUAUAAGAAGUCGCUUGAGGAGAGCAAUCUUGAACCAAGAGGUCGGCUUAGGCGAGAAAAGAAGCGACUCAUAGAGCAACAGGCGUGUUUGGAUGUUCUUUCCAGUGACAAUCGGGCAUAUGAUGAGUUGAAAGUCAAGAGGGAUGGUCUGAUAGCCCGAAUCGACGACGCUUAUGCACAUCAUUUGGACACAGAAGACGACGAGGCCCGUCUUGAUGAGCUGGACGUCCUACUCAAAGAGCGUCAAGAACUGCUGAAGUCGAAACUGCCCAAGGCGGGCAUAGAUAACCGCAAUCUUUUCGAGAACAGGGAGCCCCGAGCUGCUCGAAUGACCAGACCCGGGUCAGUGGUACAAUCCACUCAACCUGUCCGGCAAGGCGCCCCUCCAAACUGGUCUCGAGAGACGACUCUUCUCCCUGGGGCAGGCAGUACCGAAGUGAUACUACAGACGCAAAUGCCCCAGCGAUUAGAACCUUCUGAAACAAUCUUUGAUCAACCUUGCGAUGCUGAUGCACCGCCACCAAAAUCUGGACGAAAACGGGAGCGUAUCGCUGCGCCGUCUUUUGUUGCAUCAAGAAGCGAGCACGCAAAGACGCCAAGCCGCUUGAGAUCCAAUGCACGUCCGUAUCAUGGCUUUUCGGACGAGGAGGAGGACGAUCCCUUUGGGGAUAUUGAGCCUCCGCUAAGCCGCCAACUACCGAAACACAAUCGAGCAGUACCCCAGUCAGCUCCCGCAACUGGGCGCAAGAGCCCUAGCAAAGGAUACCCUAGUCACCAACUGGACUACCAAAGCGACUACAGUGACGAUGUUGACAUGUCAGCACUUGCAGAAGAGUUUGAUAUCCAACAAUCGUCUUCAAAUAAUAAGCGCCCAACUUCCGUCCGACCUGCGCUCUCGGAGACAUCAGGUAAUGUCGGAGUGCGGAAACAGAAAUCGACAACCAAGAGAGUCCCGAGUUCGUCUGCGGCCUCGAUACCACCCGAGCAGAGGAACAUGCCAUGGUUUAAAGAUGUGAAAAGAGCGCUCAAGGACCGGUUCAGGAUGUCCGGAUUCAGACACAACCAGCUGGAGGCCAUCAAUGCCACACUUGCGGGAAAUGACGCUUUUAUUCUGAUGCCUACUGGCGGCGGAAAGUCCCUGUGCUACCAACUUCCCGCCGUAAUCACCAGUGGGAAAACCAUGGGCGUUACAGUCGUCGUUUCUCCUCUCCUGAGCUUGAUGCAAGAUCAGGUGGACCACUUGAAUGCCCUCAAUAUACAUGCAGCUUCGUUCAACGGCGAUACUGAUCCAACGCGUCGAGCAAUGAUCAUGGAGAAGUUGCGAGAUCGAUUCCCUGAGCAUUAUCUACAGCUUCUGUACGUCACCCCAGAAAUGAUUGUCAAAAGCAAAGCCUUCAUGAAUGGUCUGGAGGCGCUGUAUCGGAACAAGAAACUCGCUCGUCUGGUCAUCGACGAAGCCCAUUGCGUCAGUCAAUGGGGCCACGAUUUCCGACCCGACUACAAAGAGCUCGGCAGUUUUCGAGACAGGUUCCCAGGUGUACCUUUGAUGGCCUUGACGGCUACAGCAACCCAGAAUGUCAUCAUGGAUGUCAAGCACAACCUGGGAAUCGAGAGAUGUGAAGAAUUCUCGCAAAGUUUCAACCGUCCAAAUUUGUAUUACGAGGUCCUGAGGAAGGAGAAAGACAACACUAACACGAUUGCUGAACUGAUCAACUCGAAGUACCCUGGGAAGACAGGCAUUGUUUACACGCUCUCCCGGAAGUCGGCUGAGACUAUUGCCAAGAAGCUCAAGGACCAGGGCAUUAGUGCUCAUCACUAUCAUGCAAGCGUGGAGGGGCCGGAGAAGGCAAGAAUCCAGCAAGACUGGCAGAAAGGCAAAAUCAAGGUGGUUGUUGCUACGAUCGCGUUUGGCAUGGGAAUUGACAAGCCAGAUGUGCGGUAUGUGAUACACCAGUCUGUUCCCAAGAGCCUCGAGGGGUACUAUCAGGAAACGGGGCGCGCCGGCCGAGACGGCAAGCCGUCCGACUGCUAUCUUUAUUUCAACUAUGGCGACGUCACUUCACUUCGGAAAAUGAUCUCGGAUGGCGAUGGCAACGAGGAGCAGAGAGAGAGACAGCGGAACAUGCUCAACUCGGUGACAGCAUUUUGUGAUAACCAAAGUGAUUGUCGCCGAGUCGAGAUCCUCCGCUAUUUCGGGGAGUCGUUCGACAGGGCCCAGUGCAACGCGACCUGUGAUAACUGCAAGUCCAAAGACGUUUUCGAGCAGAAGGAUUUCACCAAGUACGCUGUUGCCGCACUGGAGUGUGUGCGGUCUCAGGGCAAACUCACGCUCGUUCAGUGUACGGACUACCUGAUGGGCAAGAAGAAGAAGACCGAAUUCAAUGAAAGUGCCGAACAGUUCCAUGGAAUCGCCAAGACCAUGCAGAAGCAUGAAAUCCACCGUAUCAUCGAUCGACUUGCGUUUGAAGAUGCAUUGAGGGAAGACAACAUCAUCAACAAGAGAGUGGGCAUUGCUGUUCAAUAUUUCAGAAUUGGACGCAAAGCACAUGCCUUCCUCGCUAAUCGACGUCAACUUUUUCUGACUACCAGAGUUAAGAGCGAUGGUAUCCAAGUUGGUGCGUCCAAAACCCCGAGGCGGUUGGCUAAGCCGGCUGCGCCUGCUACAAGACUCGGAAGUCCCAAGCCUCCCUCGACCUACGUGUCGUCACCUGUCCAGCCAAGGGCCAAGAAGAGCAAAGGGAAGGCCGUAGCGACCAACGAGAAUGAAGAUAGCGAGGACGAUGACGACUAUAGUAGACACGACAACGGCUAUGCGCGCGAUGGAUUCGUGAUUGACGACGAUGACUUUGAUGACGAUUUCGAGGCAAUGCCGCCACCAAGAACCUCACGUCAACGCCGGCAGGACCCGGUUGGCCCGCCAAUAUCGCGCGAUGCUCGUAUGGACGAUGCCACCGUUGGUCAAAUCCACAGGGAGGUUGUUGAGGAAUUUGCCAACGAAGCUUCAAACCUGGAAACUCAGGUACGGCUCAUAAAAGGCUUGUACUCACCGAUAUUCACCCAUUCUCAACUUCGCGAGAUGGCCAUACGAUGGACUGUGACCCUGGAAAAAAUGUACUUCAUUCCCACUAUCGACAGGGAGAAAGUAGACAGGUACGGUGCUCGGUUCCUGCCUCUGAUCCGAGAUUUCCACGGGCGCUUUCAAGAAAUGAUGGGCGGAGAUAAACGUGUAUCCAUCGUGGAUCUGGUGACCACAGAUGAUGAUGAGGAGGACAUGGAAGACAUCUCUGACGACGACGAUGAAGAGGAGGAGGAGGGAGAAACCUCGGGCUACUUCCAGCCGUCUACCGAACAGAUAGCUUUUCGCGACGCGCUCCAACGAGCAGGGGAACAGGCGGAACAAGGCUCGUCGUCGCGCGGGCGCCAAGGCUCGCCGGCUCCUAAAGCGAAGAGAAAACCAUUCGCCCGUAGGUCAGGAGGCGGGACUUCUAGCAAAAGCAAAUUCGCAGGCGUCAAGAAGAGGGGCGGUGCUACCGGCGGCGGCCGUAGGGCAGCGAGCGGCCAGUCGGCGCGGUCGACGUCGGUGUCGUUUGGGCAGGCCAGGAGUGCCGAGAGGGGCCUCAGCAAGAGCAGGGGUAAGGGCAAGCCGCCAGGCGUUGGCCACAGCGGCAUUGGAAUCAUGGACUAUUGA